CUUUAGAUCUGUAAGAGACCUUAAUAUGCAGGCGCCUGUAGAUUCCUCUUCAUCAUCGUCUUCAUAUAUUCAUUUGGUUCAGCACUUGAUUGAGAAGUGUUUGCUGUUUAACAUGGAUCAACAGGAAUGUUCAGAGACACUUUCUAAGCACGCCAAUAUUCAACCCACCAUAACUAUUACAGUGUGGAAUGAAUUGGAAAAGGAGAACAAAGAGUUCUUCACAAGGUAUAAGGUAAAGAGAAGAGAAAAUCCAAGCCAAGGACUGAAGCAGAUGAUAGAUGAUAUAACAGCUAGAUUUUACAAACAAACUCUUUAAAACAUGGUUAUAAACUGUUUGUGGAUAAUUUUCUAGUGUGCAUAUCUAUUGUAUAAGGUAACUGAACUGGCAAAAGCAGAUCUUGUGUCAUACAAUUUGAUUUAUGAGAUCAAAUUGCAGAAUAUCUCAUCAUUAUGUGGUUUUCGGUGUAUUCAUUCCAUAUAAUGUGCACCA